AUGGGUCAAGGGCUAGCACCCGUGCUGGCCAUUGCUUCCAUGUCAAAAAUUGAAAACCCCGUUUUGGAUCGCUGGCCUGCCCUCUACCGUCGCUACGUCGUCGAUUGCUUCGUCGCCUGCUCAACCCAGAAAGAAAUGGACACGUGCUUCGAAUGGCUGAACAGCCAGGCUGACGACAUACGGUUUACACGAGAGAAGCCAAAGGACAAGUGGUUGCCGUUUCUCAACAUGCAGAUCCAGCUUGAGCGAGGGUUCCUGCGGAUAAAAUGA